UGUUAUAUUGUGAUGUCCGCCGACGUCGCUGCUGGUAUUUCCACCGCCGCCGCGUCAUCCUGCGAGUGCGUGUCGCCGCACGCUCAGUCAGUCGGCUCAGUGAUGAGAGAACACAGCCGAGAAUAGACCCUCGUUUCGCACGGCCGGAUACAUAGGCAUACAAAAGUGCAUAGGCUUCAUACUAUACCUGCGUCAGCGGUGUACAUUGUCGUCGGCGAAGAGGCGCAGCCGAGAGUCGAGACCAGUUGUUUCGUCUGCUACUAAGAAUACACCAACACUGUCAAUACCUACAAAGUAUCUGAUGCUGAUUCUGCCGAUGACUGCCGCUUAUUAUAUAUAUAUAUAUGUGUGUGUGUGUGUGUAUAUAUAGGCUAUACCUAAGUACAGCGCCGCGAGGAGGCGAGGGGCUGAUGCUGAUCUGAUUCAUCCGCGUUCGCGCCCCCUCCGCUGUUCGUCAGUGCGGAGAGCCCGCAGAGGUAGACUCUCGCGAGCUUAGCUGCAGGCGAACGAACUAUCGACCGCGUGCUCCGCGGAUUCUGUCCGUACUCUUGAACUCUUGAGCUCGCAUAUAGCGUUAGCAGUCUCGUCAACGUGUGCGCGCGCGUGUACAUCGGUUGUUUAACGCUCGCCAUCUUGAUACGUGAUAUGCCAGCGCGCUUAGUUGCAAUAAUCUCUGCGCGAAGGCUAGGUGUAUCACGCAGCAGCAGCAGCAGCAGCAGCAGCAGCAGUGCGAACCUCGAGCGAAGCCAAGCUCUCGAGAGCUGUGCCGAUGCUAUCUCACUCUGUGCACUGGAGAUAGUGGAUCCUCGACAGGUGUGCUGAGCAGCGGCGCGAAUAAGUACGUCGUCGUGAAACUUCUUCCCGCAACAGCUUUGCUGAGAGAUAGUAGAGCAUUUUAUCUCCAUCGCCAGCGAAGGUCGCAUCGAUUCGGCCUCGCGUACUACACUGCUUCAGCAAUCAGCGCUUCCCAGUUUCCUUCGAUGUCUUAGACUGCAGAGUACAGCAGCAGGAGGAAGCGAAAUCUCCAAGUGUUCAGCAACGUUACCGCAGCUUCGUUUUGCAAGAGCAUCGGCGUCAUGAACAGAAUAUUAGAAGAAAUGAACGACCACGUUCUUAUGGAAUUUUGUGUUCUUAGAAGUCCCGUGGCGGCGGGAUUAGCUGUCUUCGAGCGAAUCGUCUGAGUCGUCCUAGUGUAUUCGGCAUUCGUGCGUGUGCCCCCACGCUGAAACAAGACUAUUACGAGAGUCCUGUGUCUUUUCAUUUCUUCUUCAGUUUGACUUUUUCCUACAGUCUGUCCCAGAAGACGAACUUGAGCUGGAGCGAACGCCGUUGAAAGUGUCGCCGCUGUAGGGACUAUAUUAUACUUGCUCCACUUCUCUUAAUUAAAAGACAUCAGAGUGCGUGUUUGCUGAAUCGAGCGCGCGCGCGCGCGCGCAACUGGUCUGAAUCAAUUCAAUUUCAUUUCUCGCAAGCCGUUCAAUUAGUCAGCGGCAUAUUUGGGAUACAUCUCAUAAACCGUAAUGUAUUUGAGCAGACCACUCAGCAGCAGCAGCAGCAGUGAACAAAUUGGGAAGAAAGGCUACACGAGAUUGACUGCGCUGAAAAAGCUACAUCUUGGCUUCCAGUCACAGCAGCUCCUCGAUCAGGCUGCUGCGCUUCCACUGACGACAAGUGUCUUCCUGCUUAAUCCAAACCUUUUCCUAUCGAGCGCUGCUGGAUUGGAAGAAGUACUAGCUCUGAGAUUACAUCACGGUAUGAGCGAAUUCGAACGUGCAAUCAUCGAUUCACGAAUUGGGUGGAGAAAACUUAAUGAUCCUGGUGACUGACAACAACAACAACAACAAGACACCAGCAUAACUUUAAAGAACUCUAAGCGAUAGCAGUAGCUCUCGUCAAAUGCAAAGCUAUUAUUAUGUGCUGCUGUUGCUAAUCGUUGAAAGACUCGCAAGUAGAGACUCCAAGAUGGCGCUCGAUCGGUGGCAGUAUCGGUAGCAGAUGAGUUAACUUUUACUUGAGUUCCUAUUCGCAUAUUCGCAACUCUGAAGCAUUUGACACAACUGACCUAUUGCGGCUUUCUUACUUAUCUUCAUUAGGGUUAAACCAAAGAUUGUACAUUUAUCUCAGUACUAGGUUAGUUUAAUUAUAAUUAUAUAGGGCAUAAGAAAACAAUAAAGCCUAAGAUUAAAGUAUCUCUUGAAAAAGAGAGCAAAGUUAAUGCUCAAAAAUGCCAGCUACACCGAAUAAGCUGUCACUCAACUUUACCAAAAACAACUACAGUGUUUUUGGUACAAGAAGCAGCAAUGAUAAUGUUGAACAGCAAAGCGAGCAAAAAACCGAGCUGCUGGAGGGGACUAGGGGCAACGGACUCCUCCAGUUGAAGAAUGGAGUGGAUUAUGUUAAUCCUGGUGAAGAGGACCAGAUGGAAAUUUAUGGGUACAAAAGGAAUACAGCAUACACUGCCGCAACCUGGUUCCUGAUUGCAAUCACUGGUGGACUAUUAAGACUUGUAUUUCAUUGGGUGCCACAUCUCAUGCUAUUAGCUACCCAUUCCAGAUGUUCUCUAGAGCAAGCUGAAAAGGUUCUCCUGAAAGAGAAAUUUCAGGGUAAACACACGAGCUACCACGUCAAGAACAUUAAAACCAUCACAUCUCAGGAAAUAUGGAAAAAUUUCCGGGACGAGGACAGUAGCGGCAACGUGCUGCUGUCGGACGAGGAGGAAUUGCCCGCUAAAUUGAAUGAUUCGCGAUCCGAAACUCUGCAGCAUCACAGUGCCAUUACAAUUGAGCAUCAGCAAGAUUAUAAGGAUCAAGAGCAGACUCCAAUGGCCUUGUCGUUCCACUUGUCUGGCGGGCAAUUUAAAGAGACACAAUGCAUUUACACGUUUACGUGCAAAAAGCUCAUCUAUAUCUGGGACUCGGAGAGGUGCGAGUACCUCAAACUUCGGGGCCUCGACACCGGUGUGCUCAACGCGACGCUACACCAGAGCACAGGCUUGAACGCUGCCCAACAGAGCAUGCGUCGCGGUGUCUACGGCAACAACGAGAUUGUCGUGCCCGUUAAAGGCUUUCUCACGCUUCUCGGACUUGAAGUCCUAAACCCUUUCUACGUCUUCCAAUUAUUCAGUUUUUGCCUCUGGAUUUCCGAUGAUUACGUCUAUUAUGCCAUGGUCAUCCUUACAAUGUCCGCUUGUGGUAUCGUCAUGGCUGUCUUGCAGACUCGAAGGAACCAGCGCAACCUCCGCUCAACCGUGUCAUCCUCCGAUGUAGCGACAGUUCUUCGUGAUCGGGCCAGCGGGAGCACGGCAACGGUCGCGGCAAAGUGCUUAGUGCCUGGCGACAUUUUAGUCAUACCCUCGUAUGGAUGUAUAAUGCCGUGUGACGCUGUGUUGCUGACGGGCAACUGCAUUCUGAACGAGUCCAUGUUGACGGGUGAAUCGGUGCCGGUCACCAAAACCCCCAUACCUGCCACUAGCGACGUCAUCUACGACAGUAAAGAGCAUGCCAGACAUACGCUCUACUGCGGUACUCGCGUUCUACAGACACGUUACUUUGGUACCGAGAUGGUACUAGCAGUAGUUAUCCGUACGGGUUUCAAUACAAGCAAGGGCGGUCUCGUUCGUUCCAUCAUGUACCCGCCACCGGUCGACUUUAAGUUCGAGCAAGACUCUUACAAGUUUGUCGAGCUUUUAGCAUGUAUCGCAAGCAUCGGUGUCGUUUACACAAUUAUUUCCAAAGCUUUGCGCGGUGUUGCGGCCAGCCACAUCGCCCUCGAGGCGCUUGAUCUCAUUACCAUAGUCGUGCCCCCUGCUCUUCCGGCUGCAAUGACGGUUGGACGUUUAGUUGCGCAGAAUCGCCUAGAGAAGCACAAGAUUUAUUGCACUAGUCCGCGAGCUAUCAAUGUUUCCGGGUCCAUUGAUUGCGUUUGUUUUGACAAGACUGGCACACUAACUGAGGAUGGCUUGGACAUGUGGGGAGUGGUGACCGUCAGCUCAAAGAAGUUCCAGCUUCCAGUCAAAGACAUGUCAAUGUUACCCUUGAACGAGGUGCUCAUUGGUAUGGUCACGUGUCACUCAAUCACGAUAAUCGAGGGCCAAUUUAUUGGUGACCCGCUCGACCUGAAGAUGUUCGAAUCUACCGGUUGGAUUCUGGAGGAACCCAAUGUCUCGGAUACCUCGAAAUUCUCUAUGCUCUUCCCGACCAUCGUCAGACCGCCGCUGCACUCGUCGGCUUCUGCUCUCGUUACAGCUUCGAUGUCAUCGCACAAUAACGAGCAGCAGCACGAUGCCGAAUCACAAGACCAGGAGCAGCAGCAGCAGCAGCAGCAGCAGCAGGAAAAUGGAGUCGAGAUUGGUAUUGUUCGACAGUUUCCCUUUACCUCGAGCCUUCAACGGAUGAGCGUUAUCACUAGAACCCUUGGAGCUGAUCACUAUGACUUAUACUGCAAGGGCAGUCCUGAGAUGAUACUCAGCCUGUCUAGACCGGAGUCCAUUCCACACGACUUUAACAGUGUUCUGCAGGAAUACACCUCGGAGGGUUAUCGUGUAAUAGCCUUGGCGCACAAGUCCCUAAAACGUCUAGCCUAUGCCAAGGUUCAGCGUAUAACCCGCGAGGUUGCCGAGACGGAGCUCAACUUUUUAGCUUUCGUGAUUCUUGAAAACCGGCUAAAACCCGAAACGAUGCCUGUGAUUGCGGCCCUUAACGACGCUGCCAUCAAGGUCGUUAUGGUCACUGGCGAUAACAUGCUCACAGCUCUAUCAGUCGCCCGCGACUGUGACAUCGUUAAGCCUGGUGAGCCAGUAAUUGCCGUGACUGCGGUAACCCAGCAGAAUCAACCCAAGCCUCAAGUCUACUUUACACGAAGUUUCACGCAAUCAAGUCAAUGCAACUCGUCGCCUACCGCUGCUACUGCCGACGCAGAAGCUGCAGAGCUUGGUGACUUGAGCGAAAUCACGGAUAUCAACAGUGUUGUUAGUCUGGAUACGAUCGAGAGUGGUGGUGGUGUAGCAGUAGGCGAUACUGUGCUCAACAAUUAUCUGUCGGAUAACCUUCGGCAAGGUUCUGCCGCUGAAAAAGGUCGACAGCAGAAUAGCCCUAGAAAGAACGAUUACGUGUUCUCUCUUACCGGCAAGACAUGGGCCUUGAUCAAACAGUAUUAUCCAGAAUUAAUACCGAAGUUGACAACUCGCGGAACCAUCUUUGCCAGAAUGUCUCCCGAUCAGAAACAACAGCUCGUACAGGAACUACAAGCCCUCGGCUACUACGUGGCUAUGGUUGGCGACGGUGCAAACGAUUGCGGCGCUCUGAAAGCUGCACACACAGGCAUCUCGCUUUCGGACACCGAGUCUUCGGUUGCCUCGCCCUUCACCAGCCGCGAGACCAACAUCUCCUGCGUACUGACGGUGGUGCGCGAAGGUCGCGCCGCUCUUGUCACCUCGUUUGGCAUAUUCAAAUAUAUGGCGGCCUACUCCCUAACCCAGUUUAUCUCGGUCAUGCUGCUCUAUAGCAUCGAGUCGAAUUUGACCGACAUAGAGUUUCUCUACAUCGACCUAUUCAUUAUCUCCAUAUUCGCUUACUUUUUCGGCAAAACUAAAGCUUACGAGGGUCCACUGAACAAGACGGCGCCUCUAACCAGUCUAAUGAGCGCCACGCCAAUUCUGAGCCUCUUUGCGCAGAUCGUCAUCGUUGGGCUCUUUCAGUACUUGAGCUUGUGGAACCUCAGGCAAAUGGAUUGGUUCGUGCCAUUCAAUGGCACCAGCACUGAGAACAAGGACGAUGUCGGCUGCCCAGAGAAUUACACCAUAUUCAUCGUCAGUUCGAUACAAUACAUCAUACUUGCAGUGGUAUUCUCCAAAGGCAGACCCUAUCGUAAUGCCAUCUGGACGAAUUAUGGAUUAUUAGCUUCCUUCAUACUCUUGAGCGCAUUUUCGGCUUACUUGUCCGUCGCACCUUUCGAGGGCCUCGCCGAUUGGUUUGAACUGGUAUUGCCCGAGGACAUGAGCUUCAGGUUCGUUCUUCUAGCUUACGGACUGGCCAAUUUCUUUGUAUCAAUGUUCGUGGAGUAUUUCGUGAUCGAGUACCUAGUAUUCAUCAAGUUGAGAAAGAAGCUACACAACGUCGAUAAAUCGCGCAGAAAAUUUUUAAAGUAUGACAGAGAUAUGGGAAAUAACAACGCCUGGCCGCCCUUGACGCAGGAACCGCUGCCCGAAGCGGCACCCGACAUCCUCAUACGACAAAAUCAGGUAACAGAAAUCAAGAUCGAGAAGCGCAUAACCGAAAGCGUUCCCUGCUCGGAUUAUACGCCAUCUGCAGCUUCGGCUGUUCGCCAGCUUUCCAGCAGCAACCAGCAGAAUCGUCGGGGAAGUCCGCCUUCUUUGCCACCCGACUGCCUUCUUCCCUUUAAAAACAUGGAGCGAUUUGGCGGCUCGACGCGGGAAGUGCCACUCAAUCCUCGCUCUCUGUACGAUACCGAGCAGCGCAGAAACACCGUGUCCAUGCAAACGGUGCUGAAUUUUUACGACGAGGGCAAGCUGCCGACUUGUACUAUUGCUGCUGCUGGUAACGCGCAAUAUGCAAAAAGUUAUCAUAAGCCGCAGGAGGGAAGUAGUAAGCCGAGACUGAGUUCCGAGUCGGCGCGCGAAAUUGACCGGGGCGGCGAGAAGCUGCUGGUUAAGCGAGUAAAAGAAACGAAUCCUAUCGCAACUUUGCCGAGACACUCGGCAGCCGUGCUAACAGCUAAGGCCGGUGUCGAGGACCACAACAAGAACGGCGGUGCUCAGAGCGUACUCGAGCUGGACAUCCUGCCUUCUUGAGGUUUUUUUCUUUUUCAAUGGUGCAAUACAUAUUAGCUUUGUUUUUCAUUACAUUGUAUUGAAAUAUGGAGAUUGCUUUGCCAAGUAUUUGGCUAAUGUAUCCAAUUUGUUAUAUUAACAAACUUGCUUACAUUAGCAGAGCUACCAGAUAUUAAAAUUGAUUAACUAUUUUUUGAAUCGUUAGUAUAAGUAAUAUGGAAGUAGAUACGGUAAAAGUUUGUACGAUGAAAUUGUUAUCUACAAAUCCUUAAAUCAAAUCUGAACUGCGUAAAUCGUUAGAUUUCGUACUUACUCCGAACGCAGUUAAAGAUGAUUAACAUAUCGAUUUUUUUGGCUCGAAAUGAGUAUUAUUCUGUGCGGGCGCAAUAGAGGAAAGAAAAGAGAUUUACUUAAA